CCACCACACGCACAGCCAACAUUAGCCCCACCCCCACCACACGCACAGCCAACAUUAGCCCCACCCCCACUGCAUGCAAAUUGGACACCAGCCCCACGUCCACCCAAAGUACCGUCAGGACCAACCUCACCCCCGCCACAUUCUCAGUCAACAUCAACCUCGACCCAGCCACAUGCUCAGUCAACAAACUCACUCCCACCGCGUGUGCCUUCACCUCCACCACAUGCCCAGUCAAGACAAACCUCACCCCAACCGCAUACUCAGUCAACAUCAACCUCACCCCAGCCACAUGCCCAGUCAACAAACCCACUCCAAUCACAUGCACCUCCACCUCCACCUCCACCACAUGUUCAGUCAACAUCAACCUCACCCAAACAACAUGUCCAGUCGACAUUAACCUCACCCCAGCCACGUGCAAAUUCAACACCAACUCCACCCUCACAGCACUCCCAGUUAACACCAAAAGCACCGUCAACCCAAGUACAGUCAACACUACCCUCACCCCCAGCACAUGUACAAUCAACACGAGAUCCGUCCCAGCCAAAUGCACAGCCAACACCAACCUCACCUCCACCACAAUCUCAGUCAACACCAGAAGAAAAUCCCGAAGAGAUGGAAGAAAAAUUAAAUAAGCUUGCGAAAAUAUUCAGCUGUUUACCACCAGUCCUUAUCAGGGGAACUCUUCAUCGCGAUGACGUAAAUGGAGACAUUGAAAUAGCUAGUAAGUGGCUACAAAAAUUUCAAGCUAUUGAAAAUCCGCUGGACAUGUUCCAAACCUCAGUGGGAGGCAAAGUUCCUACAAGGACUGGACAAGAAAAAAGUUCCAGAGCAGCCGAUUUUCGAGAAAAGGAAAAGAGAGGAAGAUUUUCCAACCACGAUGAAUUGCCCAAGGAACAAGGGGAAGUCAAAGAAUUACGUAACUUGACAACAGAUAGCUUUGGCGAUUGCAAUUUGGAACAAAAUGGCGGUUACCAAAGUAAUCGAGGCCAGAACACGAGACCAAGUGGAGUAUUCGGGGGAGAGCCAAGAGCAGUGUCAAGGGAAGGUCCAAGAGGCAGUUUUGCACAGGGCCAAAGCAACAAUCAAGGAUUCAAAGACAAUGACAUGGGAGUGUCUCAGGGAGGGGGCGUUGGCCGAGGACAUCCGCCGAAACCGAAAACAAAGAACAGGGGUCGCGGCAGGGGAAGAGGCAGGGGAAGAGGCAGGAGUUGUCAGACACCUGGAGAAGGUUUCCAGGAUGUCGAUCAGGUUUUGUAUGGCGAUAAUCGGUCUCCGUUCUCUCAAAGGCAGCGUCUUUCAGAGGGAAGAGGAAGCCAACAGUAUCAAGGAAAGAGGGGGCUUCAUGAAGGAAAGGCCGCACAAUUGUUCUCGUCUCACGUCGUCGACAGUAAUCCGAAGAGACACAGCACCUGUGACGACUCUCUAGGAGGUCCUUUUGUGGGCGAUGAUCCAAGGAGACGCAGUAACAGAGGGCGUGGUCAGGGAGGAAUGAAGCGUGCGCAGAGCUUGUCAAGUUUCACGGAGAGAGGAGAUCAGAGUGCUUGGCAGGCUGAAGCAAAAGAACAAUCUCGAUUUCAACAGAAUCAGUUACUCGUUAGUGGGCUGAGUGCGUUGACGACCGAAGACUGCUUGGUAAACUUCAUCGAGGCUAUGAGCGGUGGAGAGGUGGAGGACGUACUGCGGAGAAACGACAAAGCUCUGAUCACAUUGGCCAAUGACAUAACAGAUUUCAGUAAAAUCAAGACCAAAUGCGCAGAAAGAGGCGUGGAUUCAGCUAAGGUUACAAUCGAGCAAGUUCCUGUCUGUACAAGCAUUGUUGUCAGCGGUAUUUCUGAUGAUACCACCCAUGACGCCAUUGAACUGUACUUUGAAAGUCCAAGAUACGGUGGGGGUCCUGUGGAGAGAGCAGAAUUUCUACCAAAAGGUGGUAGAGCUGUGGUUGUGUUUCAAGAUCCAAAAGAUAUAAAAGGAGUGUUAGCUAGGCAGAAAGAAAAACCACAUGUCUUAAACCUAGCGAAACUGUCAGUCAGAAUUUACCAUGAGUUUCUAGAAAGCGAGGGAGACGACGAGCCAGACGAUUCAGAUGGACUGGGAACUACCACCGGUAGCGCCGAUAAAGCUCGAGUGAGUCAGCGGCCCAAACUGGAAGGACAAAAACUACACAUAGCUGUAGACCCGGAUGUAAUGGAAUUCGUCACCAAUUCAGCAUUUCGCGGCCAACUGAGCAAAUUCCUGGCCGCAAAGAAAUGUGAAAUUACCUGGAAAACAAACACAAAAAUAGCUGUAAUAGUGUACCAGGGAGGAGACGACAGUGAUUCGUGGCAGUCCGAGUGCAUUGAUGAAGUACAAAAUUACCUCAGUAAAUUUACAAAGCGCGACGUUCAAGUCAAGAAGGAUUCCUGGAGAGCGGUGGUGGCACAGUUGUCCAGUAUUCGCGCCCGCCUGGGAGUAUAUCCUCCGCUGGUCAAACUUAUCGAUGAUUCAUUUGUUGUUAGAAUUGUUUCCUUGAGCACAGCUGCAAAGGAUUAUGAGGAAAAGUUGAGAUCUAAAUUGGAAGAGAUAUACCGGGAGGAAACCAGAAAAACCUACCUGAAGAAAAACGUUCCUAAUGUUCCAAAAGAACACUUAAUUCUGCUGGAGAAGAUCAAGUUUGUGGAGAAACUUCAAGAGAAGAACAGGGAACUGGAGAUAACGCUAGAUACUAAAGGAGAAGAAAUAUAUUUCGAAGGUCCCGAGUCACAGUUUACUGAAGCAACGACGAAGUUCCUCAAACAAAUGUCGUACAUGGUUGAAAAGAAUUUGACUCUAUCCGACAUCAUCUUGGAAGUUUUGGGCUCGGACGAAGGGUUAAGGAAAGUGAAAAGUGAGUUGGAAAAGAACAAUGUGGAGGCAGUGUUCGUCAUUGACAACGGCUCCGGUGCCAGAAUUGUGAGCACGUCAGCUGCACACUGGGACGAGGCCGAGAGGCUGGUGAACAGGUUGACGUUAAACGAAAAAGUCCAAGUGAAUGAUAAGAGCGAAUGUUUGUUAAAAACUCCAGAAUGGCGUGAGUUGUGUGACGAAAUCAACGCCGAAACAGCUGUCCGUAUCCAUCGGAACAACUGGAAUGACAUUUUCGUCGCUGGGUUCCAGGAUGAGGUCAAAGAAGUGAUGAAGAAGCUUAACACGUUCUUGGAAAACAACUGCAUCAGGGAAGAACAGUUUGUAUGUUCAUCUCCGAUUGUCAGAAAGUAUCUUGACGAGUUUCUUCAGGAAGAUUUACGCUCCAUUGAAAACCAACUGAAAGAUUUUGAAGUGAAAAUUAAAAAAGGAAAAGGAGAUGAUGAUUUUGACAUUUCUGGAAACAGAAAAAGCUUGACUGAUGUGAAGAGACAGCUUGACGCUCUCGAAGAAGAUACCGUGUCAAAACAUUUUGAUGUGAAACAGCCAGGCCUCCGGAGGUACUUUGACAGUGGAAAAGGAGAUCGUCUUGUGAAAUUAGUGGAAAAGGAUCAAAACUGUGCGAUACAAGUGCAGAUGAAUUUUGGCCAAAGCCUAGAUGAAAAUGAUGAUGAUAAGGAUGGCGACGGCGAUGGUUUUGGUGAUGGUGAUGGUGGAGCUGCUGCUGCUGCUGCUGCUGCUAAUGAUGAUACUGCUGCUGAUGGCGGUGCUGGUGGUGGUGGUGCUGCUGCUGCUGUUGAUGAUGAUGGUGGUGCUGAUGCUGCUGCAGCUGACAGCGCUGCUGCUGAUGUGGUGGUAGUAAUGGCGAUGACGACGAAGAUGAGCAUGCUGAUAACGGGACUGAUCCGUUCACCUUGA